ACACAUAAAUAGUAUUAAACAUUAUAUUACUAAAAAAAUAACAGUAUAAACAACAGCAGUUAUUAAAGCAGGAAUAAAGAAAUCAAGUAAUUAGUUAUGAUUUUGGCAUUAUUGUUUGUUUUGGUAGUAAACGUUCUACCAGUUCAACCUACUUGCUUGUCGGUUCUGGACGGAAAAAGUUGUGAAAUAAUUCAACAUGCUGGAUAUAUGCUUUCUAGAGAAAUUAAGAUGGGAAACAUUUUUUUAAACAAUAUACUGUUGAUUUCCAUGGAAAAUAAUCUAAAGCUAAUUGAAUCUCUGAUUCCACCGUUAAAGAUUCAAUUGACAAACAUUAAAAUAAAUAACCCUGGAAUUACCCCAAUUGAAAUGCCAACUGAAGCAAUAGAAAAAAAUUUAGUAAAAUAUCUAGUACACUCAGCACUUGCAGAAAACAAAAAAUUUUUGGAGCUGAUUGUUAAAGCUGCUUCUACUUUAGUUAAUGAUUAUAAAACAUCAAAGCAUUUGAUGGAGUAUCCUGGAAUCCAAAUGACUUACAGUGGUUUUUCUUUACUCAAAUCUGAGUCUAAUAACUUGCACGAUAUAAUCAAGCACGCGUUACCUGAACUUCAAUCAUUAAUGACAUCGGUAGAUACCGGUUUAAAAACUUCUGCAAAAACGUUGAUUGAUAUUUUUAUUCAAAGUAUUAAAUCUUUGCUUCAAGACAAAUUGCAAAUCAGUUAUGAACAAAUUGAAAGUGACAUGUUAGUUUUUUCAAAUCAAUCUAAUCAAUUACUUGUUAAAAGUAUGCUUAGUCGUGGUGAAAAUAUACUACAGGAGGCAGUAAAAUACAUAGAAGAAAUUGAUAGCCAAGUUGAGUUGUUGAAGGAAGAUCCGAUUAAAUUGAAACUAGCUUUAGAGCCUGCACGGUCACUAGUUUUUGAGAUACUCGCAAGUACCCAAAAGACGGAUGCAUAUGACUUCAUUGGGAUUAAAAUUCAAAUCGCAAUGAACAUUCUUAAAACGUGUUUCAGCGAAAUAAAAAAAUCGUUGACAUAGAUUCGAUGAGAUUUAGUCUUGAAGAAUAACGACAAGAAGAACUUUUAAUUAUAUAUGAUUUAUUGGAUAUAUUA